AUGGAUAAAAUAAAGUUUCAAAUUUUUAAUUAUGUUGAGGAUGAAGAACAGGUUGCUAAAUUUGAACAAAUUAUAGAAAUGUUAGUGAAUGCUGGCUAUUAUAGGGCAAGAAUUCAAGGUUUAUCAAAUUUUGACAAGAUUGUAGGAGGAAUGACAUGGUGCAUCGAAUCCUGUUAUUUCGGUGUAGACAUAGACCUACUUUUUCAAGAGAAUCUUACAAUUGGUCAAAAAAUUGCACUUACAGAAAAAAUCGUUAUAAUGUUACCAAAAAUGAACUGUCCAAACAUUAUAGAACCUCAUCAAAUUCAAGGAUUAGACUAUAUACACAUUUUUCCAGUUAUGCAGUGGUUAAUACAAGAAUCUAUGAAAACACGUAAAGAAAUGGCAAAAUAUGUACAAUUGUUUGCAAUUACUCAAUUUAAUAAAAAGUUUACAUUGAAAGAAAACUUUAUACUAAAUGAUAAAUUAUACGGUGAAUAUUUAACUAGCAAUAUAAAAUUAAUCAAGGAAACAUAUCAACCAUAUCGUCAAUUCAAACAAAAAGAUACAAAAUUAGUGGAUGAAUUUGCUAUAAUUAGUAAUGUAUUGUUAGAAUAUGGUGAAACAUUGCAAAUCUCACAAAGUAUCAUUAAUAAAUUUCAUGAAAGUAAAAUAAAUCAUUUUAUACAGGAUAAAGAAAUUACAAAAGCAAUAAUUGAAAGAAAAAUGCAAGAAAAAAUAAAAGUAGAAGAACUUAAAAAAAAUUUAUCAAAAUUUGAUGAUAAGAAUAAGAGUUGUGUAAGUUCUAAUAUUGUUGGAAAAAUUGUUGAUAUUCAAGCCCAAGAAGUAGCUAAAGUAGUAGAGCAAUAUUCAACAUCAUUAGCUUCUGGCUCUGAGGUCAAAUUAUCACCUUUUACAUGUAUCUUAAGCAUAUUAGAAAAAGAAAAAUUCAUUUUAAAAAAUAAAAGUCGAAACAUGUCUAAAAUUAGAGGCGAGUUUAAUUAUAGAUUAAUUGAAAUGGUAGAAUUAUUAAAAUAUACUCAAAAAACAAAACAAACAAUAAAUAAAGCACAUAAUAGAACUAAUAAUAUCGAAUUCAGUGGAAAUAAUGGAAUAUUACAAAAGCUGAAAGAACUUAUUAUUGUACUUAAUGGUUUAAAAGGCCACGAAAAAAUGUUUCGAGAUCAAUGUAAACUAGAUUUAAAUAAAUUUAAUAAUAUUAUAAAAGCAUUAAAAGAUCAAAAGUUUAAUGAAGAAAUAGAUAAUGUAGCCGAAUAUGAAAAUCAAAGAAAAAAAAUACAUUUAUUAAGAUUACAACUCGCCAAAAAAAAUAGAGCUAUCGUAACUUAUAUGAGACAAUUGGAUGAUAUUCCAGAAAGAUUUGAGCUUACCCAAUAUCAGCGACGAUUUAUGGAAUUGUAUAAUCAAGUUUCAAUUAAACAUAAAGAAACAAAACAAUAUUAUACAUUAUAUAAUACAUUGGAUGAUAAAAAAUUAUAUUUAAGUAAAGAAUUGUCACUUCUUAAUUCCAUUCAAGAUAAUUAUAACGAAGCAAUGACUUCAAGUAAUACAAGAGAACAAUUUAUAAAACAGUUUGAAUACAUAAUUGACGGUGUGCAGAGAAAUAAAAUAAAGAUACAAAAACGUUGUACAGAUGAAAAAAAUCGACGAGAUGUAUUAAGUCUCGCCCUUGUUAAUUUUAUAGAUCAACAUCGUAAAUACGUUUCUGCAGUUAGGCAGCUAACAAUUGAAUGUCGUAAAAAUGAAAUGUUAUUGAUCCAACUUCGGGGACUAUGAAUUUGAUUUCGUUAAAGUUCUACUUUUAU